AUGUGGCAUGCAGCGAGACAACAAGAGAAAAAAAUAAAGGUGUUGAUGGUUGAUCACAAAAAACGAGCUGAAAGACGUAAAGCAUAUUACGAAUCUCGGCUUGGUGACCCUAGUCAGCUACUUCGUCUAACAGGAACUGCUAUAAAACUAUAUCCAGACGCCGAACAACACUUUUAUUAUGAAAACCCCGAAAAGUCACUAAUGACUUGGGAAGGCGAUGAGGACACUAGGAUUGAUCGAUUUGAUGGACGCUCGCUUUUGGACUAUCUUCCCGCUGAUUUUCCCAGCGUGAAUCAACAAAUGCCAAAUGAUGAGCGUGAUAUUCAAGAGGAGUUAAAUUUCGAAAGAUUUCGCGAGUUGGUAGAAAAUGAGCGGCGCAAUGUGUCAGAAAAAGAGUGCCUAGAAGAAAACGAGGCUGAAUGGACAAGCCUUCUAGAACGACAUAAGGCAUUAAUGAAAAAAUUGCAAGAGCAAGCAGCUCAAAAUCAGGAUUUUGUUAUGACUAUGGAACUGAAAAACGCGACGCAUCACCAAGAGGAUAUUCUAGAUUAUGUCGAAAAUCUUACUGAAAAGGAUCGGCAAACAUUGAAUGAAAUGGGUCGACAAUACAAUAUUCCAGAUUACACAAGACUUUUGCGUGUUGCUAAACGUGAUAGACAAGAAAAAGCUAAUGAACUCAAAGAAACAGAAAAGGUAAUUUGUUACAUUGCGAAAGAAGAAAAUUCUCAGCCUUAUUCUACGCGAGACUCUCCCACUUAUGAACCUUACACCGACACUAAUACUUCUAGCAGUUCGUCCGAAGACCAAAGUAACAAGGACAAUAUUGACGCUAAUGAAGAAGGAUUUAUUAUUAGAUUUGGUGAUUCAGAAGAAUCUCUCCUUCCCGAAUCACAAAAUUCUAUCACAAACACGAGUGACGUACAAGUUUCUGCAUCUUCCCCAUCGCGAACACGGAAAAUAGGAUCUGCGAAACCCACAUUUACGGGAUCCGGAUCAGCUUCAACUUCCUCAAAAGCUGUACCACAAAAAAAAUUGACUCCGGCGGAGAAAUUGCGGUUAAAAACGCAAAUGGGUUUAAAUAAACAAAUAAAAGUUGAUGAAAGAAAGAAAAUUCAAAAAGAACGAGAGCAAGAGUUGGAACGUCUGACUCAAGAGGAAAUACCUUUUGUCUCUACCAAAAUUGCUCGUCAAGUCGUGGAAAACGAGAAUCUAAUAUUUCAUCUUCGCAAUCUCGCUCACGAUCACAUUCAAGAACCCGACGUUCAAGUAGACAGCGCUCGCUAUCAAAUUCACGCUCACCAUCAUAUAGGCGAAGAAGUCGCUCAAUAUCGAGAGGUCGCCACUCUCGAAGUAUUUCCCGGUCACGAUCUUUGUCAAGAAGUAGAUCUUAUCAUUCUUCUUCAAGUUAUCAGAAAAAGAGACGCUCAAGGAUUCAUUUUCAGAUCAAGUUCUUCUGAUUAUCAUCGUUCUCAUCGAACGAAACGGAAAUUGUCAUCUUCACGAUCCAGAACCAGAUCAUCGAGUAGAUCACGUGAAAGAUCGCGUCGAUAUUCAAGUUCUUCGAGAUCAAGAUCACGUGAUCGUAAGAGGUCACCAACAAAGCGCAAUAUAAAGUCAAAGCGACGCUCUUCACCUGGAUCGUCACGUAAGCGCAAUAAAAGGGAGUAUAAACGUCAAAGAUAA